AACUGGAAGAUGUCGGAAAUAUGAAGGAUUUGAGUUAUCACUUAUCAACAAAUAAUAUUAUUUUGAUCUCGAUUCUUUACCAAUGUAGAAAGUUUUAAGUUUAAAAGGCAUUUCUUUGUGUAAAUAUUAUACAUGCUUAGGAGUGUUUAUGCGGACCUUUAAGACUUUGCAGUUGUAAUAGUUUUUUUUCUGAAAAAUGGAUCUGGAAGACAAUGCAAUGGGUUUGACCCCUGAGCAAACUGAUAAAAUAUUACAAUUUCAAGAUCUAACAGGAAUUGAAGAUAUGUCAAUAUGUAGAGACGUUCUACAAAGGCACCAAUGGGAUUUAGAAGUUGCGAUACAGGAACAACUGAAUAUAAGAGAAGGCAGACCGUCAGUUUUUGCUACGGAAGCAAGAGCCCCGCCAGUUGUUCAUGACCACAUAGCACAGCAACUUUUCACAGAUGACACACCUGAAGGCCCUGGUGGAGUAAGAGGGCUCUUCCAAUAUGUAGUCAAUUUAGUUGUGUCUGUGUGCUACAACACCUUAUCAUCAGUUGUAAAUCUAUUAUUAAGUCUUAUUAGGAAUGAUGACAGAAGAUUGGCUACCGAUCCCCUUGGAGAUGUGAUGGGAUUUAUUGAAAACUACAGUUCUCGCUAUAACAGUCACCCUGUGUUCUACCAGGGUACAUACACUCAAGCCUUAAAUGAUGCGAAAAAUGAGUUAAGAUUCCUUAUUGUGUACUUGCAUUCAGAAUCACAGCCGGACACUGUAAAUUUUUGCAGAGGCACCCUAUCAGAUCCUGAAGUGAUCGAGUUUAUAAAUAUCCAUGCAUUAUUUUGGGGUUGCUCAAUAGAUACCACAGAGGGUUGGCGGGUAGCUCAAUCCAUUGGUGGAAGAAAAUACCCAUUGCUGUGUGUUAUGUGUGUGAGAGACCAUCGUAUGACAGUAGUGGCCCGAAGUGAAGGGACAUGCACUCCUCAACAACUGUUAAAUAGGCUACAGCGAGUUGUUACUGAAAAUGAACCAUAUUUGUCUGCUGCUCGGGCAGAUAGAGUGGAACGUGAAGUGACAGCACGCCUUAGAGCGGCUCAGGAUGAGGCGUACGCUGAGUCGCUAGCGGCCGACCAGGAGAAAGAGCGGAGGCGAGAGGAGGAGCGUGCGGCCCGGGCGCAGCGGGAGCACGAUGACCUGCAGCGGAGGAAGGACGCGCAGCGGCUGCAGAGAGAGUUGGAAGAGGCUCGUGUUGCUAUGAAAGCAAGUCUUCCAGAUGAACCCAAGGCAGGUCCCGAAGCCCUUGCGUUACUCAUCAGAUUACCGACCGGAGAAAGACUGACAAGACGCUUCCUAUUUGCAAACACUACUCAGGACCUCUACGACUUUGUAUUCAGUCAUCCACAGACGCCAGAAGAGUUUGAAAUUACAACAAACUUUCCUAAACGUGUCCUCGCUCGGGGUCCAUCGAAACUAUGUGAUGUCGGGCUAAAAGAUCGGGACGUUUUGUUUGUUAACGAUAUCAACGCGUAACGGACUGUUUACGUCUCCCCAGUCCCCGUAGCAACGCGCGCGACUGCGUUAUGUGUCAGAUUGUUAGUACAGAUGAUGACACAAUACAGUGUAGUGGCUAGACUAAUUAAUUACCAUAAAAAUAGCUGGCGAGGGUGCGAAUAAAUUUCGUUUGAAAAUAUUUUUGUGAAUAGUUUAUUGGAAUGUUGUAAGGAUAAUAUUAAUUAGUGUAUAGUCUUUUUUGUUUUUAAAAUUACAUGAGUUACAUGAAUAGAUUUUCUUAAUAAAUUCUAAUGUUUACGUUUUACAAUAUUGAUUGUGAUAAAUAAAAGACUUAUUAUUUAAGUCUGGUUACGUUUUUUUUUUGUAAAGUAAAAUUGGUCAUUCCUAAUAUAUUGUUUUUACCGUACCUAUAUGAAUUGAAUUGGUAUACAGGGUGUUAAAAAUCCUGUACUAUAGAGGCUUAUAUUGGUAUCAAGAAGUGAGUAGAAAUAAAUAUUGAUUUAAAAAAAAUAAAAAAAAGCACAUAAAAAAAUAUUAACGAGUCCAAUUAUAAAAGUUUGGACACCUGUCUGCGGCAAUUUAAAUUUUCCCCCGCCCACACACCCAUUUCAUUCAUGUACCCUGCGAAGAGCGUGCAGCAAAAACAAGUUUUGUAUUAAUAAUAAACACCGCCUUAUUCUGAAAUCGGAAAAAGUUGUUUUUACUGUAGCAUUUAAAAUAAAGGAUUUUGAUUUUUCAUCUUAUUUUUAGUGGCGUCUCCGCAUUCUACUUCAGAUACGUGUCAAUUAUUGCAUAGGGUUUUUUUACGGUAGUAUAUAUAUCUUAAUAUUACAAUCAGAUCAAGGAACAGUAUUGUUUAUACUUUACGAAUAUACCAAUACCAACUAUUCCUACAACCCCCCAUUUUCCAAUACAUAAAUAAACAAGAAAUCUUUCAGGUUAUUGUAAAGCUUACAUCCAGUGUUACGUAAAUACACCAUUAUUUCAUUGAUUCGUCAGUCACAUCUUGAGUGACAUUCGGUCGAUUGUAUAGUUCGCUGGUGAUUCCAUGAUACCUCUCUUAGUAGCAUAAUAAAUAAAUGAUUGGCUGAAUGAUUAUGUUGAGAUAUAUAUAUAUACUAGCUGACCCGACAAACGUUGUUCUGUACAUAAUAAAUAAAAUACUGUAUUUUAUGAAUUUGUCAAUAAUAUUUCAUAACAUCAAGAAUUAUUUCGUAAAAUAUGCUCCCUGUUGUUUUAAUGGAAUUGUUUCACAGCAGAACUGCCAAACCGUGCGUAAAUAACAAGUCUUAUAGAAAAUAUGUCCACACAAAACAAAUAUUGAAAAAUAAAAUAAUUAUGGGUCCCAAAUCGAAAUAAAAACUAUCCUAUCUCUCAAGUUGGACUAAACUGCACAGUCCAUCUGAAUUCGUUCAUUAGUUGAGGAGUUCACUGGAAACAAACAUCAGGACACUGGAUUUAUAUUAUAUUUAUUACGAUAAUGUUGUAUGUACCCCAGUCGCGCGGCAGGGAAUCAGGACUAUGCAAGCUACAUACUGUGUUCACGUGACCACACUGUAAUAGAGAGACGAUUGUUCGUGAGGGACAGGGAAAUAAAUGAAAGGCAAUAACCGAAAUUUAUCGAUCAAAAAUUUUCAAAAUUAAAAAAAUAAUGUGAUGCAGAUUAUUUCAAUUUCUUUUAACAUUGAAAAUGCAAUGCAUUCCGUUUAUAAAUCAUAAUAUCUAUCUCUCUACACAAAUUAAAUAAUAAAAACAAAAUUUUUGAACUACGCGGGACUCGAACCCGUGACCUCUCGCGUUCCGUGCGAGCGACACUUCUUUCCACUGAGGCAACCGUUCGAGUGACGUAUCGUUUAUAAAUUUUGUUUUUAAAUUUAAUUUGUCUUUAAAGUCAUAAUACCAAGAUUUAUUAACUUAACGUUACUCGAACGGUUGGCUUAGUGGAAGAGCGCUCGCACAUAACGCGAGAGUUCGCGGGUUCGUGUCCCGCAUAUCUCGUAAAUUUUAUUUUUAAAAUUAAUUGAUGUGUACGAGAUGUAUGUCGAUACUAUGACAUUCAAUACAUACGCAGUGCAUCCGGAAUAAUUAGAAUAAUUUUAACAUCAGGUAUUUGUUCGCACGUUCCGUCACAAAAGCAGAUGUAGCGUAAAUAUGGGCGUGCAAAACGCCUAAUCUCGACUGGCCUUAUAUUUUGUUAAUUUCAUUCAGUUCGGUUUUAAAUAGUUAACAUAUUCCUUAUAAUUUAUAAUAAUACGUGGUGUUAGCGAUUUGUGAGUACCAAAGGUGCUGAGGGAUAUAAAUGUGUCAGCAUUUUAUAAAUAAUAUUAUAAUAAUUGUUUUAUUAUUACAGUUUCUUUUA